AUGGCGGCCGCCGCCGGCGGGACCAGCAGCGAGGGCGCGGCGCGCGUGCUGCUGCAGCGUUACCAGCCGUUCGGGUCGCCGCCUGGCGAGUACCACCAUUUCGGCCCGGCCGACGGCGGCGGCACCGCCGAGAUGACGGAGGCCGUCGUCCUCAGGACGCCAUUAAAGCGGAAACACAACAGAGAAGACAAUGAGGUAGCUGAAUCAAAUGAUUGGAUGAUGAGCCCUGGAUAUGCUAAUGCAGCAAACAGUCCAAUUCCUACACCACCUUCGGGAAAAGGUUCUAAAAUGUCCGCCAAGCCUAAAGCUGCAAAAGGCCAGAAAUCUUGUCCUCAGACCCCUUUGUUUUCCGGUUCUCCGGGCAAUCCAGCUACUCCUGUUGGUGGCUGCCGUUAUGAUAGCUCCCUAGGGUUAUUGACAAAAAAGUUCCUGAACUUGCUAAAGGGUGCACCUGGUGGCAUGGUUGAUUUGAAUAAUGCUGCAGAAACGCUAGAGGUACAAAAAAGACGUAUAUAUGACAUUACUAAUGUCCUCGAAGGAAUAGGGCUGAUAGAAAAGAAGCUUAAGAACAACAUUCGUUGGAAAGGAAUCGAUGACUCUCGACCAGGUGAAGUUAGCGAUGAUAUGUCCAUUUUACAGGGAGAUAUUGAAGCCCUCACACUGCAAGAGCAUAGCUUAGACGGACAAAUAAGUGAAAUGCGAGACAAGUUAAGAGAGCUCACUGAAGACGAAAAUAACCAAAAAUGGCUGUAUGUCACGGAAGAUGAUAUCAAGUCUUUGCCAUGCUUUCAGAAUCAGACACUAAUCGCAAUAAAAGCACCUCAUGGUACAACGCUUGAAGUCCCAGAUCCUGAUGAGGUGAAUGAUUAUCCUCAAAGGAGAUAUAGGAUUGUUCUAAGAAGCACUAUGGGUCCGAUAGAUGUGUACCUAGUUAGUCAAUUUGAGGAGAUGAGUGGCAUGGAGACUCCUCCAAGGCCUGCACAAACAAUAAGCAUGGAUUAUCUAGAGAAUCCUAGGACACCACUCGCUACAGGAUCUAACAAAGAUGUGGAGAUGGAGAAUGUUCAACAAGGGCUGAUAAUGCCCCCUGACGCUCCUACUACACAGGAUAUUGGAGGGAUGAUGAAGAUUGUCCCUUCUGAACUUGAUACUGAUGCGGAUUACUGGCUCUUAUCAGACACAGGGGUUAGCAUUACUGACAUGUGGAAGACAGCACCAGAUGUGGAGUGGGAAGGAAUCGACAUCAACGCGGAGGAUUUCUUGGAAGUUGGCACACCUCGGCAGCAAGAUCAGCCGCCCUCUGAAAUGGUGGAUCACCCCUCGUGCAUUAGCUGA